CUCGCGGCCCCCGGAGCUCAAGGCGCCGCGCCUGCCAGCGGGAUGGAGUGGGAGCUCAACUUCCUGAUCUACCUGGCGCUCUUCUUCUUCCUGCUCUUCCUGCUCUUCCUACUGCUCUUCCUGCUCAUCCAGCAGCUGCUGAGCUCCGCGGCCGGCACUGCCGGGGCGCUGCAGCCCGGGCGGCCCUCGCUGCGGGAACCCUGGGGCCUCCCCCGCGAGCAGGAAAUGUGACCUGCGCGCCGGCCGGCGGGAGCGGGCGGGCAGCGGCCCCGGGGCUCCGGACUCCGCUCGGCUGCGUGGUCCAGGCCGGCGCCUGUGGCGGGGACAGAGCCAAGUGGUGCCCUAGGCAGGAGUGCCCAGGACCAAGCUCAGUUACAGCCGGUGCCCGGGAACCUGCACGAAAGGAGGGAACCACCAGUUUCCCACCAAUGGUAGAGAUCUCGCUUUCCUUGUGGCGUCACGGCGGAUUGCUGUCCUGAAGGCCCUGGACGGAGCGGGUUCCGUCUGCCCCCCUGAAAAGAGGAGUGGGGGAGGCCAUGCAGUGUCACUUCAGCUCACACACCAGGUCAAGGUGGCCCCUGAGCCUCCUGGCUUUUUUCUGGGUCCCCGGGAGAAGGCAGAGGACGCCCACGGACACGCCAGUUUGCUGGGCCCCCUUUUCAAGCUUUCUCCUUCCAUCUCCCAGCCAGAUGGGUCUGUGGCAUUUGCAAAGCUGCCUGAGAAAUGGAGAUUUUUGUAGCUGGACAUCCAACUGCUUUCUGCAAACAUCGGAGUCCUCUUUUUUAUUUAUUUUUUAAAGAUUUUUAAAAUUGAUUUUUUAGGGAGAGGGAGAGGGAGCCAGAGAGAAGCAUCAAUGUGAGAGCAGAACAUUGAUUGGCUGC